UCAAAGUAGUGCAGACUUCUUGCCCGGUUCCAGCUGUCUCUGGUCUCUCCAGGAAUGAGAAGCGAUGGCCGGCUCUGCCAACGAGGAAAAAACCUUCAAGAGGUUCUUGGAGCUGUUCUUGCGGGAGAUGAAGCCACCUCUCCAGGAGGACGUACCUCUACCUAUGCGCCCCUUGACAGACCUCAUCUCGGAGGACGAGGUGGAAGGGGAAUGCCUCGACCUGUGUCUCCAGCACCUUUGUAAAUAUAAUUGCCCUUUCUCCUUGGCUGCAGCCCUGGCCCGUGGUACAGCUGAUAGUAUCCUUCGAAGUGAUCUCUCCGUGUACCAUCUCAACAAGAGUGUUGAGGACGGAAAAGACACGCUGCCUCAGAUUGAUUCGGUGAAGCUAGCACGGCUGGUCUUUAAUAAGCUGUGCGAGACUUGCUGUCAUUGGCUCAAAGAGUUCCCUAAUCGCCGCCGCCACUUGCCGUACUAUGAGACCUCCAUCCACGCCAUUAAAAACAUGCGCCACAAGAUGGAGGACAAACACGUCGUCAUUCCUGAUUUCAACACGCUCUUCAAUUUGCAGGAUCAGGAAGAGCAGGCAUUCUUUGCCGUGUUUGAUGGUCAUGGUGGGGUGGACGCUGCCAUCUAUGCUGCCAAUCACCUGCAUGUAAACCUCGUCAGACAGGAGAUGUUCAGCCAGGACCCAGGCGAGGCCCUAUGUCAUGCCUUCAAACUGACAGACGAGCGAUUCGUACAGAAGGCCUCGCGUGAGAGUCUGCGCUGUGGCACCACAGGUGUCGUGACCUUUCUGAGGGGACACACACUGUAUGUGGUCUGGCUGGGCGACUCACAGGUCAUGAUGGUUAAGAAAGGUCAACCGGUGGAGCUGAUGAAACCACACAAACCAGACAGAGAGGAUGAGAAAAAGAGGAUUGAGGCUUUGGGUGGGUGUGUGAUCUGGUUUGGCACAUGGAGGGUCAAUGGAAGUCUGUCCGUCUCCAGAGCCAUCGGUGACACACAACACAAGCCCUAUAUAUGUGGUGAUGCUGACAGCACCACCUUAAACCUGGAUGGUAGUGAGGACUACUUGAUCCUUGCCUGCGAUGGCUUCUAUGAUACCGUGAGUCCAGAGGAAGCAGUGCGGGUGGUCAGUGACCAUUUGCUGGAGAACAACGGCGACACCGCUAUGGUGGCCCACAAACUAGUGGCCUCAGCCCGAGAUGCAGGGUCCAGCGAUAACAUCACAGUCAUUGUGGUGUUUCUCAGAGACCCUCGUUUGCCCCCACCCUCAGACAAAGCGGAGCAAGAACCAGAAGAAAAACCUGUGGAAGAUCCAGGAGAGGAGGAGGAAGAGGACGUAGAGCCCUUGCAAAGUGAGUUGGUGUGUCAGGAUGGAGGGGCAGAGAAUGGAGGAAAGAAUCGGGGUGGCUGGCCACUCCAGCAAUGUUCUGCACCAGCUGACCUGGCCUACGAAGACCGUAUGGAUUCGUUUACGGACAGAACAAGUCUGAGCAUCACUGGGCCGAACCUGCAUGCAGAGACUGGCUGCUUCAGGCUCCCAGCUUCGUCAAGCCUUCCCCCAACCAGAGUCUUUGCGUCAGAUCUCAUAUCCCCCUACAGCGGGGUUGGCGCGGCCUGGCGCCCUUACCAAGAGAUGGGCCUUUCAGGGUUCAGACAAAAGCCCCAGCCUAAGCCUCGGGUCCCCUCCUACACGCAGUCUAGCUCCGAUGGACAAUUGCUGGAGGUGGCUGCGCUCUUCCCCCAAGAAGGACGGAGGAAGAGGCGGCUGGAGUUUAUGCCGCUACGGAGGGGGUCACAGCGCCUGAUCCAGAGAGCCAGGGAAUGCCAUGGCCCUCUGAGCUGCUUCCCUAGCAUGCCCUGUCCUCUCCGGUCCCCAGAGAGGAAGCCUGGGAUAGCCUUUCCCCAUGUAACCCACAGCAAAAUUAUCUAAUCAGCAACUCCCUGCCCCAUCAUACUGCCCUCCAUCAUUAAGGCUAAAAUACACUCAUAUCAAACAACACAAGCUGAGGAAACAGUGGGCAUGUAUACACAAGCUUCGUUCCAAAGCCAAGUGAGCUACGUUAAUAGGCAGCAUUGUAAGGCAUCGUUCCCAGUGCAAAAGCUGUUCCAAAAAGUAGGCAGUAUGUUUAUGCUGCCUUCUAAGAUUUUCUACGAAUUCAAAACUAUAGUAGUAGGCAGCAUUGCAUGGAUCCUUUGCAAAUUCCAAAAUGCAUUGCGACAAUCUCAGUGAAAUGUAAUUCAUUCAAUAUGAAAAAGUAUUGAUAUAAAUUAAGUUAGGAUGCUGUCUAUGUAUGCAGUAGGCAGCAAGGCAGCUCACUAGGUUUUGAAACAGAGCCACACAUUUAAACACACACAAACAUAUACUACAUUGCUCUAACGCUUCCUCUCUCAUCUUAUAUGAGCCAGCCUACCAGAUUCCUUCAUCUCUCUCAGCCAGCUUUAUCAUCCUCAUAACCCUUUACCUGCUCUAGUUUUUGUGUGUGGGUGUGUGUGCAGAAGGGACAACAGAGUGUUAACACCAUCCUAAUACUAUUCUCUGUGCGCACACACACGUUCACACAGUAGUUUAAAUGUCACACUCAGUGUAGUAGUACCUUUUAUCAAGCAGAUGAAUGCAGUCAGCGAGAACAUUACUGAAUUUCAUUGCUUAUAUCUUACUGUUACCUGAGGCGAGUGAGGAGAUACAGCUCUUAGUUGCUAAAGCCAUUUUUAAUGUUCAGACACUAUGUAUCAGAGACGUUUUUUCUUCUUCCAUUUUUAUGUUUUUUAUGAAGCUUGUACUUGUUGUAUGAACUUGUAAGGUGAAAAGAUGUCUAUUUUAAAUUGCGUGAUUAUGACCUAACGGUAGUGAGUAAUUGAUAAGGGAGUGGCAACCAUCAUUUUUGUUUUUGUGGGGGAUUUUUUUGUCACUUUUCCAUUUUUAAACCCAAAACUGGCUUGUUUGGGUAGCUACCACGCCAAGAUAUAACAACAUUACUGACAGACAACAUCUGCUACAUUUCUAAUGAUUGCUUAAGUGCUGCUGUUACAGUUUGAGGGAGAGAAAGGUUUUAAAAUAAAUAUAAUUGCGUUUGUAGAUGAGCUGUUAGACAUAUCUGAUCAAAUUUAGAUGUACUGCAUAUUCUAUACAUAUUUCAUUAAUAUAAAAAAUGUUUUAAACCAAAGAAGGAAGGAAAUGAUUUUUCAGGAGGUACAAUAUCAUCACUAAAUAAGAUGUAUGUUUUAUACCAAGUGCUACAUCUACAAAGUUAUGCUUGGUGUCAAAGUUUUUAGAAAAAAAUUAGUCGAAGAAAUUCUUGAAAUCUUGAGUUCAAAAACAAAGCUUUUGGAACACAUAUCUCAAAUCUUGAUAAUGGCUUGUUUUGGACUAAGAUAUGUUAAAUUAUAUUUACAGGGAAUGUGAAAAUGUAGCCCUAAAAGAAAAACUAGGGGUGAAAAUCUCUUUGUAGUUGCACUUUCAAGUGGCCCUCAGGUGUUGAGGACAUAAAUAGUGUAGUUCAAGCAGCACAAUGUGUGCCUUUAUAAUCUUCAACACGCCUGUGUUCAACAGGAUGGAAAGUGGACACAAAGUGAUCUCUGAUCUCUCUUCCACUUGUCUCUAUAUUUGGAUUCAGAUUUAUUUGGAUACAACAUUUUAUUUAAGCACCACUGUAAAAGACUGGCCACACACAUUUUUACCAAUGUUUACAUUUGUUGCAAACGUUUGAUUUUGCAGCCAACUUAAUCCACCCCUAAAAAUUAACAUUUUAAUUUAAAUGAGCAUAGUGAGGGACUCAUCUAGUUUUCCAAAAAAUGAGGAAGUGUUGUCUGUCUCUCAGUCAUUGCUAUCAUGGCAUCAUAAUGUAUAGAAUUACAUUGCCUUAUAAAUUCAGUAUGUGACAAUUAGCUUAAAGAAUGGUCUGAAUUAAAACAACUUCAAUUAAUUAAGUUCAAUUAAUAUCUUACGAUUAUCAUCAAAAAAACACCUUCCACCUAGAAAAGAAGUCCCACAUCAAAAGAACAGUUUAGAUACUCAAAUAACAAACAUUUCAAGUGAUUAAAAUAAAACAAAUUACAAGCUUAAUAUUUCUGCUUUUAAACCUUCCGGUCCACUUGCAGGCUAUGCUUGUACUGUAAACACAUAUUUUGUUCAUUUUAACAAAACAUGAGACAAGUCAAAAUGAUUUACCGUGGUAAUCGACACCAUGACACACAUGCUGUCCGUAGUUCGCAUAUGCUGUCCAAAUUGUAUUUAACCAAUAACGUUCCUUUAACCCAAACAAUCUUCAUGCAUAAAGAUUACAAUCAUCUCCACUUCUCACCAAAGUCAUAUGCUUGUGUUCAUAUUCAUAAUUCACAAUCUACUGCAGCCAUGAUGCCAUUGGGUGGUUCUGUUCAAGAAACCUGUGCUGGCCUGGUCUUUGACACAAACCACACAUGUUCUUUUGACUACUAAUGCUGAAAACCCUUUAUUCUUUCCCUCUUCCAUCUAAAACUAGAGGAAUGACUUGUGCCAUUCCAGCCGUGCCAUUGCACUCAUCAUUUUACUUGUAUUUCUUUCUAUUUUUGUUGGAGGGAUGGAUAAUGGGUGGUGGGUAGGUGGUACAGGGUAUAAGUGUCACUUGUCUGUUGUCAUUCAAGCUGUCUUCAUCUGCCUCCAGCCAAGUAACUUUUUGAUGCAUGGACCCUACCCUGCUGAAAAGACCAUCUUAAACCAGCAUGAAUUUCCAUGCUUAUCCAAGCUGGUUUAUGCUAGUCGGUGCUGGUCUAGCUGGUGGACCAGCAAACCAUGUUGUUCAUCAGCAAAAAUUGGCAAAGGAGGCUAAGUAGUCUGGUAGGGACCACAGUAUACCAGCAUCCAAUUCUGGGGACCAGCAUUGAAAACACAACAUAUAGUAUGCUGGUCUUUUUAGCUGGGUGGGCUUGGCUUCACACCCACAUGUUUAUGUGUUCACAGAGACCCUCCUGAAAUAUAUCUGACACCAUUGUCCCCUAAUAGCCCUCUCCUCUAAGAAUGGGGCUUGAAUCUUAUCUUGAAUCAUUGACCUACAGGAAAGUAGAGAAUUUGAACUGUUAUGGUUUAUCUCAACUGAUUCAGAAUGUAAAUCCAAAUGCAAUUAAAUAUUUGGCCCACGUUAAAGAUGCCCAGACUGUCUGGAAUGUAUGUGAUUAUUUUCGCAAACUACCAUCAAUUAUGAGAUUUGUCAACUGGUUUUAUACCCUUGUGGGAGAUUUCAACGAUUCGGAGCGUGUUGAAAAUGUCACCGGCUGCCCUACAGGCUUUAUCGUGCCUCGUAAAUCCAAUAUCUGCUUUUGGAGAGGAAACAUUUCCCUUAAGGCCUCCAAGAUGUCAUCGAUGGGCUGAAGAUUUGCCCUGUCCCAAAUGGUACUCUUAACCCUCAAUGUCCUUUUUGGAGUCUACACAUUGCCGUAUGGACUAGGAAGUUGUCUGCUGUAAAGUCCAGUGCAAGCUUAGCAAUAAAGCAGCCACAACGAUGAAAUGGGACCCUCUACGGUCAAGUGGACUUUACGUAAGCAUGUGAGCGAAGGCUACAGGACCGCAAGUCCAUCAAGUCCGCCAUUUGGGCCAGGGCCAUUGAUGACUGAUUGAGUGCAGCUUUCUGGACAUGGACCUUUCAAAGAAGCUGUGUGCUAAAUGAUGUACGAGGCCUAGAUUCAGAGAUAACCUUCCACUUUUGCCCUCACUAUCAUGUACAAUCAUUCCCUACAUACCCCUAGCACCUCCUAUGGGGGGCACAAAUUAUAUAUUGGAAGUGUGGUAACUUACAUAUAUUGUAUACAUGUAUGUACGCAUGUGUGUUUUGAGAAUGUGUGUGGUUGCGUGUAACAUUCAGGAUGUGUAAACGUUUCUGUCUUAUAAAUGUGCUAUUUUAAUCACCACUGAUAACUCAGAUGGAUACAGAAGUCUGUAACGCUUUUCAGUAAACCUCGCCCUGCCCCUUUCAUGGCACACUAAAGAACAUACUUGAAGCAUCAAGGGAAGCAGGCAAGUCUAACAGAUGCAACAUUUUGGGUCUGUAAUAGUCACAGGCUCUCAAGAAGUUUUAUUCACGAAGUACCAAUGGUGUUGAUGAGAUUGCCAAGUCAAGCACCAAAGUUCCGGAUGGUUCAUUUAAAUGGUCGAGUGCAUGAUGCUCUCAAAGGAACGUCUCUUUUUGUCUUCGUGUACUCUUGAGCCUUGGCCCCUAUGGAUUGCCUGUUAGACGCAGUGUUUCCCCUGUUAGUGAUAGCUGCGAGUACUGCGCUCUAGCUUUCAUGACGGUUAGCCCUCUUCACUUGCUGUCACUGCUUUUUGUCCAUGUACUGUUCAGUACUGCUCUUUUUCUGCUAGCAAUAAUGAACCUACACAAGCCAUGAGUGAAGAGAGCUCUUUCAAAUUGCUCUUCUUCUCUAAAGCAAAGCUGAGGAAGGGUUUAAAGGAAACGGGGGAGUGGGGGGGGACGUAUCUUAAAAAAAGAAACCUAUGUUACUGAUGGUCAUCACUGUAUUCUAAUAAACCUGUGUUGA